GUUUUGUGGCCCUGGGCAGUGUUGCUACACAGCAGCAUUUGAUCCUGUUAAUGUUCAGUUAUCAGCAGAGGCGCUUGCCUGAGCUCUGUGAGGGUUUUGCUAAUGCCAUUCAUGGUGCUUUCAUAGAGCCUGCUCGUAUCUUGUGCUGACAUGCGGGGCGGUGAUUUGCGGUCGUAACAUGGUUAUGGUCGGAACCAAUGGCGUCUAGCAGAGUUUGGGAAGUCCUGAGUGAGAGCGUGAGGCGUCUGAAACGGAGGGAGAACAUUGCGGCGUGGGGGGUGGCAGGAACGGCCGCUUACUUUCUUUGGGUGCGCCCAGAGCAGAAGAAGGAAGAGGCACGCAAGGCGGCGGAAGCUUUACGGCGGGAGAACGAUCGGCAUCGAUAUAUAGAAAAGUCGAAGCCGAAAGCAGAUCCGCAGGCGACUGGUUUGACUUACGGAAAGAAAGGGGAGGAUGCUGCCUCCUCAUUAGGAAGCAAGGGUUCGGAUUGAAUCAUCCGCCUGUUCAGAAAAGUUGAGGUACGACGGGAUUAUUGUAGUGUACCAUCCUGAGCACACGUAAGGCGCAAGGGGCAUAACAUAAUCUUGCAUAGCAUCAGACAAAGCGAUUGCCUGUUGCUAGAGAGAACUUUUUGAUUACCGUGAUGGUUCCCGCCGUCAGCUCAAAGUAAAGUGCAAGCUAGAUUGGUUGCAAGAUCAGUUCAGAAUAAGAGUCUCUUAGUAAGCUGGUCGAGAAGUCACCCAAGGCCAAUAUCAUUGAUCGACCAUUUGAAACACUUCGAGCACAAGUUGGCAUAGCCAGGACCUUCAAAAGCUAGAACCGCAAAGAUGGUAAUGUCGAGUCGGACCACGAGCUAUAUUGCACUAUAAUGCCUAUUGCACGGACGAUGUUCAACAUGUAGGAGCUAGUACAGCUGCACAGGCACUCAAUCGUACAGGACGGUAGUGGCAGCCACUAUACCGUCUUGUACAAGUGCCUGUGCAAGUGCCUGCAUGUCAGGGAUCCAACCGUCAUGAUAUUUGCGG